ACGCAAUUAAUUGGCCGUUCGGAAAGACGUAGGUAGGAAGGCAGAGAAGCACAGCUGAGUUGUGUGACCAAGCUCGGUAGCAGCUAACAACAUCCGUAAAACAUGAUUCCCAUGUUUUCAAUGCAGGCGCCACGCCUUGCCGACAUCCCUCCCUGCUUCUGAGCCACGAAGCGGUUUUUAGAUUUUCUUCUUCUUUUCCCUUUCGGUUUCAGUCCCAACCAAGAGCCAGUUGGUAAUCGUGGCAGCAGAGGGGGACGGGACGGGACGGGUGACGGUGAUAGAAGCCAUAGCUGGUCACAAGAAAGGAGGACCAAGGGGAGCAGAACAGAAGAGUCGGCAGAGACAGAGAGAGUAACCGCAGCACGUUCUGCUCUUCCGCCCUUCCAUCCUUCCACCUUUCCCAUCCCACCCACCUCUUCUCGUCCUUCCUUCUUGUCCUGCUGCCAGCUCCCACCUGCGCCUGCAGAUGAGCUGGUUUCCCAACCUGGCUACACACACUCAAGUCGCUGAGACGGGCCCAGAUUCGUCGCUCAGGCGACACUUUUGCCUGACAACUCCGACUCUGCUGUCACGCUUUCACAGUGUCCAGCGAUUCCCAGCGAAUCCCAGCGACUCUACAGGUACUGCCGGUACCACACGAGCCCAUCUGAAAGUUGGGUACUCGGCUACCCACUGUUUCAAACCAAGCCUACAUCGUACCUACCCAUUCACCCUGUCCAAACCACCCAACCAACACAAUCCCAGCUCAGGCCAACGUAAUUCCAGUUCAGAACAGCAGGCUACUUCACGCAACCUCGCCUUUUGUGCCUGGUUCUUCAACCCUCGAGGUAUCCAGCUAAACACCAGCUCAUCACUUCCCAAUCUUCCCAAGUUUGAGACCAAGCAAACCAGGGACCUGCCGCUCUUCCACUUCCAUGCGUACUUCCUCCUGCAGACUCCCUGUGCAAGACUGCUGGGGGCAGUUGAGCCAUGUCUUGUCUGCAGCCCCGGAACUUGUUCGCAUCCUUCUCGGCCUCCCCUCCGAGACGGUAUACCGCUUAUGAUUGGCCGGCCUGGUAAACCUAACACGGCAACGGGCGCCCUCGUCGGUUUGCUGCCACAAAACCUCUGA